AUGCUCUCGGCUGUGGGCACAGUGAGAAAGCUCUUGCAGGUGCUCUACAGUGAAUCUAAGCGUCGCUUUGAGGUUUGUCUGUCCGGGUUGUACGCAGACACAUGCUGCUGUGAUCACAACAGUCCUAUAGCUAUCACAGAUGGGAAUUUCUCUACUUCUGUCAGCGACUUCCCCUACAACACAGAGUAUUUGGACCUGUCCAGGAACCUUUUGACAGCUCUCCCCCCGGGCUCCUUUGGGGCUCUCUGGGGCCUGAAGGUGCUUUUAUUGAAAGAGAAUAACAUCACCUUUGUGAGUGACAGGGCUUUCAUCAACCUGUGGAGCUUACAAAGGCUGGACCUGAGUCAGAAUCAGCUCUCUGCCCUGGGGGAAGGCUUCUCUCUGGGUCUAAAUUCCCUGUUUGAGCUGUUCCUGGCCCACAACCGCCUCACUGUCCUGGAGAGUAAAACUUUACAGAACCUGGAUAAUCUGGUGAAGCUAGACUUGAGUGCAAAUCUCAUUGAGCUGGUCAAGCCCGGGGCUCUGAGCAGCUUGACAGCCUUACGCCGCCUCCUCUUGGACGGAAACCAGCUCACCACCCUGGACUUGGAGUUGCUCUCCACCCUGCACUCCCUGGAGGUGUUGGGGCUGCGGGGCAACCGUAUCCACACAGCCGAGCAGGAGGUCUUUGCGCCGCUCUCUAACCUGGCUCUGCUGGACCUGGGCUUCAACCGGUUAUCCAGGCUGCACUUCAAGACCCUGCUAAGCAUUCAGACGGCCAGCGUGCACAUCCUGCUUGAAGCCAACCCCUGGCACUGUGACUGCGAUCUGCAGAGGGUCUUCCACAAGUUGGCCACCAUCCGCCGACUCUUCCUGGAUGAUUACAAGAGGCUGAGAUGCAGUCAGCCCAAAGAGCUAAGGGGCAGUUUGAUGGUAGAGGUGGAUAACGAACUGUGUGUGGGUGAGACGGUGACGGUUCUCAUUCUGACAUUCACGGUGCUGAUCACAGUGGUAGCGGCUAUUAUCAUGGGUGAAAAGAAAAAGAGAAAGUGCUCAGCAAAAGACCGGAUAGAGGAGACCUUGGGACUGGAGGCCUACUGCGAUAAUUAG